AGUCUUUUUAGUAGAGUAAAUUAUAUUUUAAAGAAAACAAGUUUAAUGAAAACAUAAAUAUUAAAAAUAAAAAAUAAAUAAAGCUUCCAAUAAAAGGUGCUGCAAUAAAUCAUUAAUAUCAAACUUUCCCUUAAUCUUGACUGUCUGAGUUAGUUAAAAAAAAAAAAAAAAAGGUCACUUAGAAAAAGAACUCAUUGAGUUAGUCCAUAUACAUAUAUGAAUGGGGUAAUUUCCAUAUAUACAAAAUCCUUUCAAAAUAGAAACAAUGUAAUGUCAUCUUAAUAGCGUAGAAAACAUAUCAACACUGUGCACCUUAUUAUAUAAAUUACACAGCUAUAGUUCUCAAGAAGGUUAUCUCCAUUUCUUUCAUCCCCUCAACACCCCAAACGCCAUGGCCCAAACCCUGCAUUUUCUCACGUCCACCACGCUCAUCCUCAUCUUUCUUUCAACCACAAAAUCCCACAGUUUCUCGAGAAAGUUAUCCCCAGAGUCAAUAGGUCUAAAGCAAGAGAAACUAACCCACCUCCACUUCUACUUCCACGACAUAAUCACAAGCAAAAACCCUACAGCCAUCCCUGUCACCAAGCCAGGCACAAAUUCAUCAACACUCUUCGGCACCAUAUUCAUAGCCGAUGACCCACUGACUGCAGGGCCAGACAUAAACUCAAAGCGUAUAGGAAAUGCACAGGGGAUGUUUGCCUCGGCAUCGCAAACUGAUGUUGAGUUUCUGAUGGUUUUCAACUUUGUAUUCACUGAAGGAAAGUAUAACGGUAGCACACUGAGUCUUUUAGGGCAUAAUGCCAUAUUUUCAGGCGUGAGAGAGAUGUCUAUAGUUGGUGGAAGCAGAGUUUUCAGAUUUGCUCGUGGCUAUGCUCAGGCGAGGACGCACACCAUUGAUCUCAAGACUAAUAAUGCCAUUGUUGAGUAUAAUGUCUAUGUCUUCCAUUACUGAUCAAUUGUUUGGUUUCACUUGUUUAUUAUAAUUGUUAGACAUUGUAUGCUUCAUCGUUGUUUAAUUAUGUAUUUGUAUUGCUUUCUUGUUUCUUCACAAUUAUGACUGCUGUUGACUUUAUGUAAUAUUUGGGUUUUUUUUU